CGGCGCUGUCCCCGCGCCUGUGCGACGGCGACCCGGUCGCCCCCGGAGCGCAGUCCCCGAAGGAUGAUAAUGAAGAUAAUUCAAAUGAUGGGACCCAGCCACCCAAAAGGAGGCGGAUGGGCUCAGGAGAUAGCUCUAGGAGUUGUGAGACUUCAAGUCAAGAUCUUGGGUACUGGCAUUUUAUUGCUUAGUCAUAUUUGUUUAUGCUUUAGCUACUAUCCAGCAGAGAAUCUGAUAGAGUACAAGUGGCCCCCUGACGAGACGGGAGAGUACUAUAUGCUUCAAGAACAAGUCAGCGAGUACUUGGGUGUGACCUCCUUCAAACGGAAAUACCCAGAUUUAGAGCGACGAGAUUUGUCUCACAAGGAGAAACUCUACCUUAGGGAGUUAAAUGUCAUUACAGAAACCCAGUGUACUCUAGGUCUAACGGCGUUGCGCAGUGACGAAGUGAUUGACUUGAUGAUAAAAGAAUAUCCAGCCAAACACGCUGAGUACUCUGUAAUCCUGCAAGAGAAGGAGCGUCAGCGGAUCACAGACCACUACAAGGAGUACUCGCAAAUGCAACAACAGAAUACUCAGAAGGUUGAAGCCAGCAAAGUGCCUGAGUACAUUAAGAAAGCUGCCAGAAAGGCUGCUGAGUUCAACAGCAACCUGAACCGGGAGCGCAUGGAAGAACGAAGAGCCUACUUUGACUUGCAGACACAUGUUAUCCAGGUGCCUCAAGGGAAGUACAGAGUGUUACCGACAGAGCGGACGAAGGUUAGUUCCUACCCCGUGGCUCUCAUCCCCGGACAGUUCCAGGAGUACUACAAAAGGUACUCACCUGAUGAGCUGCGGUAUUUGCCGUUGAACACGGCGCUGUACGAGCCCCCUCUGGACCCCGAGCUUCCUGCCCUGGACAGUGACGGUGACUCGGAUGAUGCUGAGGACGGGCGUGGUGAUGAGAAACGCAAGAGUAAAGGCGCUUCGGACAGCUCCUCUGGCAACGCGUCUGAUGGCGAGAGCCCCCCGCAUCCGCACGGCCCGGAGGACUCCCCGCAGGGAAGACCCAAGUCUAAAGACAAAGCUGCUACGCCAAGGAAAGAUGGUCCCAAACGUUCUGUACUGUCCAAAUCAGUUCCCGGGUACAAGCCAAAGGUCAUUCCAAAUGCUCUAUGUGGAAUUUGUCUGAAGGGUAAGGAGUCCAACAAGAAAGGAAAGGCUGAAUCACUUAUACACUGCUCCCAGUGUGGCAACAGUGGCCAUCCUUCUUGCCUGGAUAUGACCAUGGAGCUUCUGUCUAUGAUUAAGACCUACCCAUGGCAGUGUAUGGAAUGUAAAACAUGCAUUAUGUGUGGACAGCCUCACCAUGAAGAAGAAAUGAUGUUCUGUGAUGUGUGUGACAGAGGUUACCAUACUUUUUGUGUGGGCCUUGGUGCUAUUCCAUCAGGUCGCUGGAUUUGUGACUGCUGUCAGCGAGCUCCGCCAACGCCCAGGAAAGUGGGCAGAAGGGGGAAAAACAGCAAAGAGGGAUAAAAUGGUUUUUUGACCCCAACAUUGUAAUAUGCAUUUAAGUGACAUGUUUGGUGCCAAUGUAUUUACAAUAUUCUCAUUUUUAUGCCAAUAAAACAUUUUUU